AUGAACAGGGAGAGGGACAGACGGGUGUACGGGAGGGCGUGCAGGUUCUGUGCCAAGCGCAAGAUCAAGUGCAAUGGCGAGAGUCCGUGCGACAGCUGCGAGAAGAGAGGGCGAGGGAGCUCCUGCACUUCCAACAAUCACAAUCAUGUCGACGACCUUCCCGCUACUUCCACGCCGGGUGGUCAUAUCGACGAACUUCCACCUGCUUCUACACGCCGUCAUGUGCCUGCCUCUACCUCUGGUUCCUCUGUCUCUGCCUCUGCCCGCGCAGGCUCUGCAGAACGCAGCAGUCUGCUUGCGGGCAGGAAUGAAGAAGAGCACUCUCCCUCGCAGCUCGGCGUCAACUCGAUACCAUCCUUUGUCGACUCGGCAACCCACAUCGCCCAUUUGCAGGAGAUGCGCCCGGCUCUUGGCCUGCAAAAUGCCUCGCGUCAAUACCCUUUCUUGAGCACUGCCGACGACGCCCAGAGACGACCGCCCCGGAUCCCCUUCUCACACUCCCAGAUCCUGAAGUACUGGCAGGCAUACGAAGGCACCCUGUCCAAGCUGUUUCCCUUCGUGCCCCGUCACUGCGACUUGGACGCUCUCAUUGUGAGAGCCCUCGAGCUGUCUGCGAGUCGCGAAGUCGGUAUGCAUCUUCCCACAGACGUCGCUCCAGAGGCCAUGGACCCCGGCUCCACGAGCCUGCUAUGCGCCGUGUUAGCCUGCGGAGCCCAGAUGUCCGACGACAGCCCCGGGCAGCGGGAGCGAAUGUCACGCGAUUUGGCCCAGCAUGCAUUCGAUUUUGCCCGCUUGGCGAAUUGGCUGCUUCGCCCCGAGCACAAGACCCUGCAGGCCAUGCUCCUGUUGAGUUUCUUCCUUCAGAAUGAUGGCCAAGCUGACGGCGCCUGGUCUUUGCUCGGUACCGUAGCACGUUUAGUGAUAAGUAUUGGACCGGGUGAGAUGCCUGCCGCCAAUGUCGCUUCUCUGCGAGUCGAUAGCCGCAACGACUUGUGGAUGAUGGUGCGCUGUCAGGAUUGUGUCGUGUCUAUGUGCUUCGACCGCCCGCCCAUGGCGUACCCACAGGAUGCAGGAUAUGGCGGUCCGGCGGGCAGCUUCGCGUCAGACGGGGCGCAUGAAUUCUACAUGAAGGCUUUGAUCAAGCUGGGGAAUCAAUGGUUGGCCGAGCCGGAGGGUGUGAGGAAGCGGGAAGCGACCAUCUGCAGUUACGUCGACCGAUUGGACACGCUUGAAGUCAGGGAAGACGAAUCAGGCGGAACCAUGUCGCAACGGCAGAAUCGCCAGGCUCUGGUCGAGCAGACGACCGCGAAAUUGUUGGCGGGCUAUCUUCGCGGCGUGGUCUGUCGGCCGGCAUUGUGUACAACAAACGUGUUGACGGGAUCCCCGUUCCACGACAAAAUUCUGCGCAACGCCAUUUCCAGCACGGAACGGACGAUGAGCGCCUUUGUUGCGCUGGGGCAAUUGACUAAACUCCCACUCCGGACCUGGUGGAUGAUACACGCCGGCCUCAGCGCGGCCAUCAUGGUGGAAUUUGUCGAAGUGGCGUCGGGGUCCCCACGCCUGCGACAUACACAACAAGCCUUUCUAGCUUUAUUGUCACGCGAGUCUCGAGCUCCCGUGUCGGAAGGAUGUUCCGAAAGGCCUUCGUGGCUCUCAACGUCGCACUCCAACUAUCUUCGCGCUCUGCAGGACUAUUUGAGGGACCGUGGAGUCGGUAACACAGGUAACGAUAGUCACGGCCGCACAGACACCAGACCUCACGACACGGAGAGGGUGCAAGACACAGUAGAUCAAGAAAUGUACGCACAAGCCAAACGAAACAUCGCAAGCAUCGGCUCUGCAGGCGCAAGAGACGGAGAAUAUCUGAGCGAGCUGGAGAAUUUCGAUUGGAGUCUAAUGUUUUCGGGAAACGAUGCCUUCAGUGGCUGGGAUCCCACCAUCCCCUCUUUGGGAUUUUAGGUCGCACAGCUGGUUUCUUCCCGCACUCGGGCCCGUGACGUGCGGCAACGUUCCUGACGUGCAGCAGGUAAAAGUUGAAUAUGCUGUUUCCCCAGCUCUCCUAGAGAUGAGAAAUGUUGUGCAUACGAAGAUUCGCUAAUUCAUCAAAAGAGAUCUAUCCUUUUUAGGCAAGCCUAUGUAUA